CACUCAUAAACACACACUUAACACACUCACUCAUAAACACACUUAAUAACACACACUCAUUUUCAUGCACUUAAUCACUCACAAACACACUGAACACACACUCACUCAAAAACACACACUCAAUUACACACACUAACUCACUCACACACAUAAACACACACACAGACGGACGGUGACCAUGGGCUCGUCUCUCAGUGAGCCCUGCAUCUAUGAUAAGCUGUCGGAGAGCAUCGAUAUCCUCCGUCAGUCCGGCUACCGCUAUGGCAUGUCGGAGCGCGAGAUCGAGAAGUUCAUCAAGCAGGUGCUGGAGACCAACGAGCCGCGCAGGGAGCCGCCGCAGUUCCCCAUACUCAGGGCCACCGUCAAGUUUGUGGUGGCGGUGGGCGUGGUGCUGAUGGCGGUGCUGGUCUUCACGUAUCCUCAGUCUCCGGUGCUCAUGGGUUCGGUGAGCGGCACCACACUGAACAAUUCCUCUCCGCUGAGCCACAUUCGCCUGCUGGAGCUGCCCAUCGCUGAGAAAUACAACCUGCACGGUUUUCAUGAGUGGUGGGCAUCCAGCAGUCUGCAGUCGAUGGAUCUGAACUGCUCCGCCUGCGCAGACGUGACCGAUAUACUGGAGCUCACAGACCAGCUGAGGACAUCUGCAGGAGAACACACACACACACAACUACUGCUGCUGAAGGGUGGAGCGGCUCUCUCUCUCCGUGUGUCUCAGAUGGAUCAGUUCUCCUCCGUCUCUCAGACUCCUGCAAACUUCACUCUGCUGUGGAGUGUGUCCUCCAGGCCCAGAGAGUCAGUUCUUCAGUGGUUGUUCCCGGAGUCGGAGCGCUGCCCCCUGCUGGAGAUCUGGAGCUCCACACUGCAGCGCUGCAGACUGAGCAGCAGACGCCCACAGCCCUCCAGAGUGCAGGUGUUGGGCUGGAUGGUGGUCGCUGACGGAUCUCCAGAUGUUCGUCUGCUUCCAGUGCAGAGAUGCCGAAAACACUGCAGAUCCUUCAGUCUGAGGCUGGAGCCCGGGGACAUGGUGUUCGCCGACUCGCAGUUCUGGCUAAUGGAGCUUUCUCCGUCCGGAGCGCAGGACGUCCAGUGUGACAGUGCGGUGCUUUGAGGAAAAACACUGCUGUGCCAAUGAACAUUCAGAUCUCAGGUGUCCAGACUGCGUUCAGGAAAUGACAUCGGCCUUGGUUUUUUCUUCAUGGGGACACAAUUCUGUUUCUGUUGAGCUUCUGUGAUGUUUGCUGGUCUUCUGUCUGGAUGAGCCGCGGGAACGGUCGUGUUUCAGCCCAAAGCUGGUGUUGUGGAAAUGAUAUUUUGCUUAAAGACAGACACUUUAGUACAGUCUCACGCGAUGUUCAUGACGAUUAAGCUCAUUUUGUCCUACUGUGAUGCAAAAGAAAUCAUUUUCGUUACAGACUGCUAAAACAUUCUCAUUACCGUAAUGCAAAACAUUUACAUUUUGCUGUACUGAUUAAAUAUUAAUAUAAGAGUUUCAUAUUAGGUUAAUGAGAGUAUUUUCGUUUGAUUACAAUGAUAAACUGAUUUUCUGUGAUUUGUUGUUUCUAAAUUGUAGUCAAGAAUUGUAUUUAUUUUGUAAGAUGGUAAUGAGUGUGUAUUUACCAAUAUGGAGACUAUUUCGCUGUAUUACAGUGACGUUUUUUUUGUUAAUUUUUCAUCAUAUAGGCAUUUUUUGAUGGCAGUAAUGAGAAUAGUUUUUUGGUGUAUCACUUAAACGAGAAGGGUAAUUUUACUUAAUUAUGUUAUGGUAAAUGUUUAUUUUGUGUAGCGGUAAUGAUAAUAUUUUUCCAUGACGGCAAUGAAAAUAAUAAUUUCUUGCUGUAUUGUGGUAAUGAAAACAGUGGUUUUUGUUUAAAAUAUUUUCCAUAUUAUGGUAAAUGUUUAUUUUCUGUAAUGGUAAUGAUAAUAUUUUUACAAAAAUAAUGAGAAUAAUAUAUUGGUGCGUUACGGUAAUGAGAAGAAUACGUUUAGUUAUAAAAUAUUUCCAUUUUAUGGUAAAUACGUUUAUUUUGUGUUGUGUUCAUGAAAAUAUUUUCAUGACGGUAAUCAGACUAAUAAUUUAUUUUUCAUUAUGGUAAUGAGGAAAAUAAUUUUGACCAAAAUAUUUUCCAUGUUAUCGUAAAUGUUUAUUUUGUGUAGCGUAAUGAUCUUAUUUUUCCACAAUGGUAAUUUUUUUGCUGUAUUACAGUAAUGAGAAUGAUCAUUUUAGUUUAGAAUAUUUUCCAUUUUAUAGUAAAUGUUUAUUUUGUGCAGCGGA